UUGAACAGCUGAUAAAAAGAUACAUACAAGCUAGGGAAGCAACGUAUCAUCGUAACAUUCUGGUUAUAUCAAAUCCUCUAUACAAUAAAGUGAAACGUAUAAACGCAUUUGGGUAGAAGUAAUCAAUUUUAGUUGGCACUUCAUAAAAAGAUUAGUACAACGUUAGCAGGAUUGGCGCACUUCAUUUGACUAAAUUUAAACUAGAAUAUAGUUUGGUCGUUACAAAUCACAAUGGACGAUGAAAAACUUAUUGAAUUGGUAGAGGCACACGAUGUGCUGUACAAUCGUCAUCAUCGUUUCUAUAAGAAUCAGGAGAAAAAGAACGAAGCUUUUGAAGCAAUUGCGGCGGAGUUGGGAAUACCAUAUGUCCAGUUUGUUGUAAACCGUUAUCGUACAUUGCGUGACCGCUUUGUUAGAUACAAGCGGCUGAGAGGCACUGAGGAUGGAGCAAAAUUUUAUCUUCCUGUAAUGGAAAAAAUGGAAUUCCUUUCGCCCAAUGUUUUCAAUCGCAAAAAUCGAAGCAAACAUAACAUUAAGUCUGGCAAUUCGUUUGAUAGUGAUUGCUCUAAUUCCAUGGAUCCAUUACAGUUUCCGACAUCGAAGCGUUAUCGAGCAUCAGAACAGUCUAUAAACAUAUCCCCCGUAUUAACAAUAGAAAAAUCAUUCCAACCAAGCGUUAGCAGCAAGGGUCAUAAAAGAAAAGCAGAGACAUUAGAAGAAACCACCAGUAAGAAAGCCAAUAUUGAUAAUAAUACCAUAAACAUAGAUGAAGAGUUCCGAGAAGCACUUACUUGUUUUCAAAAAAUAUGCAAAGCUAAAGAAGAGAAUCAAAAGAAUGAAGCAUUAGAAGGAUUCCGCCAUAUGAUAGUAUCAACGAUUGCACAAAUGAGUUCGUCUAAACAAACCAAGGCAAUGUUGUGCGUAACGGAAGCCGUAAUGCAUUUAAAAAUGGAAGACGAUGAUUUGUUGUAGUGUCUGUAGGAAUUAUACUUAUAACUUUUAUUUUAUAAUUAACUAGCAUUAAGACGAAUUAUAUAUUUUAAUAAACUCCAAAAAUGAUAAAAAUUCA